UCAAAACAUUGAGAAAAGAUUAUUAUCUCCUCUUGAAAGUUGGAUAUAAGCCAGCACGCCCUCUUGUGGCGAAGGCAUUUGCUCCAAGCGAAAGUGCAGCAGCAGGUGCUCAAUGGGAAACACUGUGAUACUGGCAGGAAGUCUAGUUUUCAAAAGGAAAAAGAUGCUGAAUUCGAUAAGCCAGGCACAAAGGGACUGGAGUAUGAAACUGAAACUAGGGAAAAUAGAUGUCCCAGGUUGUUGGUCCACGAAAAACGAAUUCUGGUCUAAAGAAUGAUAGUUCUGUGGUCGUUGUGAGAUUGUUCUGGCCAUUCAGAAGGAACAUUUUUGCUGCUCGCCGUCACGCGUCGCGGUCCGCCGUAGUUUCCGCAUCCGGGUGCUGCAUAUCCACGGCGCUCGAGCGAGCUCCGUUGUUUCGUCGUGUGUCUUGCUUGAGUGUCUUCGGGCUUCCUUGCUCCCGACGCUGACCCUGUGGUCUGUCUGGCGUCGGUCCGUGGAGAAAUGACGCAGAUUCUUUGAUUAAUUCGAACAUGGCCGUCUUAAAGUCGAAUGAGUGGCUGGUUGCUGCCGAGUUUGUGGUGCUUCUUUCGUUUGUAUUUGCUGAACAGGAGAGGUUUUCAAUCGAAAGAUCAAGAGUGCAGCGUGCUGUGUGCUCUGGCCCAGCAUCUAAAGUCAACCAACGGUGUAGAUGGUCAGAACUUGAGUGUCCGUGCGUGAAUGGCGCCUACUGCAAUAUCUCGUCACAUAACUGUGAAGUGUGCCAAGUCACCACGACGGUCUGCACGUCUCCUUGCCGGUACCCCUGUCGCAAUGGAGGCACCUGUACCUGGGAGACGGGCACCUGCCAGUGUCUGCCGGAGUUCUGGGGAGUGGACUGCAGCUCACGGAGGGAGGUCCCAGCAGUGGUCACGCCCAGAGUGACUGCCACCAUUCACCAACCCGCCCCAGACCCCUAUCCCAGCCCGUCCUGGCCCCGGCCUGGCACAGAGCGUUGCCCAGACCGGCCGUGCCUGAACGGAGGAUGGUGCGAUGCUGGGACGUGCGUCUGCCCGAGGGGUUACUACUUGCUGGAUUGCAGCCUGUGCAUGCCUCGUGAACAGCCGCAUAAAUGUCUGGACCACUGCGGCCUGGAAUGUAAGCGUGGGGACUGUCUGACGGAGAUCAAGAAAUGCCAUUGCUCUGUUGAUUACACGGGUGAGGAUUGCAGCCUGUGCAUUCCCGCGGUGGCUUACAUGAACUGCACCAACCUCUGCUCGCCGAUGUGCAUCAACGGCGCCACCUGCAACUCAGCGACGCGCAAGUGCGAGUGUACGCCCGGGUGGACGGGCGAGAGCUGUGGCCGGCCCUGCCCCCAGGGGACGUUUGGCUUGAACUGCCUGGAGCUCUGUCAAUGUCCCGUUGGACCCUGCGAUCCGGUCACCGGACAUUGUCUCUGUGGGCCGGAUUCGCAAAACAGCCCCCACUGCACAUCGCCCUGCGACUGUCUCGUGGAUGGCGUGUGUUUCUCACAAGCAGACUGUCCCACAGGGAAUGAACAGCCCCCCUCAGUCCAGACUUUCCUCCCUACCACCGCUGCCGGAAGCCUGCAGGAGCACAAUCAAUUGCCCGCCGACCAAGCGAAGUCGAUGAUGACCCUGGUCAUCGCCACAGCCGCUGGGGCUGCCGGGCUUCUAAUUGUCGUAGUGAUACUGAUUGUCUGCCUGGUGAGAACAAGGCAAAAAAAUACAAGGAAGCUUGGCCGAAAUCAGGAAGCUGAGGGAGUUCCUAUGACCGAUAAAGCCACAGGUAACACCUAUGAUGAUGCGAGCAGUAUGCCGAUGCUUUCAGCUCAACAGUCGGCCACAUCUUACAGACCUACAAGUGGUUAUGAAGAUGUGAGCGAACUUCACAAAGACAUGCCAAACUUGCCCCGAGAGCAUGUGGAGCCAAGUGACAUCUCGCCCUAUGCUGCCACCGGUAACGUCACUGUCCAUGCUGAAAACGUACCCUCUGAAUAUUCAUAUGUCACCGUCAACGAAUUAAAUGUGUUGAAAGAGAAAGGGACGGGUAAGGGUGAGGAAUCCUAUGACAGGCUUGAUUUUUUGCCCCGUGAGAGGUCUGUCCGUCGGCCAGUUGUCACUGAUGGUAUGUACGGCUCUCUUCAGGAUGAUGGCAGCUAUGAAGAUGCAAGCAGCUGUUCGUUCAUGGGCCCUCCAGUCGGAAACCACCAAGAUGCAAUCAGCACGUCUUCCGGCUACGCAAAGAUGAGCCCGUUACUCAACAACCGCAAGGCCUCCUCCCUGAAAAGCCCACGAAGGGAACUCCUCUCUGAAGUCCAGCGUAAAAGUUCUUCCUUGAAACUCCCAAGCACGGACGUGCAGCCCUCUAACCAGCCAUACGAAAAUGCAUAUGUGGGCUUCGACCCGAAGCGGUCGUCGCAAGACUGUAGCGAGUAUCCGGGGAUGCCAGUUCCACCUCCGCCCGAGUCAGUUUCCAAUCAGCCGAAGUCCAAGAGAGAUAAGCUCUCUGGCAAGAAUCCUAAGGGGGAGAUCCCUCAAUACGCCAAGCCCAUGAAGCGAAAGAGCCAACAGGCAGACCAGCAGGAGGUCCCACACUAUGCCAAACCCAACAAGCAGAAGAGCCAGGUCCCCCAAUACGCCAAACCGAAUAAGCCCACUUCCUCCAAAGGCUAUCAGAACGGCAGCCCUGCCCAACCCAACAUCCAGUUGGAACGCCCUCCCGAGGGAAGCCUAGGAAAGCCCUCCCCCGGGAGCAAGGUGGCAGCGGGCUACGCCCAUUUGAUGCAUGCAGAAAGCCCCUCCCUAAAUAACAGUAAAUAGGACUACCUUCCAAAAUCUCGGGAAUGGCAGCGUGAUUUUGGACUGUGGCCAAGUCUAAUAAUUCUGAUCAAGCUGGAAGUUGAGAACACCAUACUUCUCAAUCACUUUACAAGUUGUGAGCAACUUAGGAUUUCAGACUGAUCUGUGUCUUUAAGUUAUGCGCAGGAAUUGUGUCCUUGUACUAAGUAGGGACUCCGGUCACUUCAACACGGGAGAAAAAUUGAUAGGGAAAAAUAUUGACCAGGAAAUACCAGGACGUUCAGGUUCAUAUACAUUUGUGUGUGCUCGCCCAUCCAUCACCAUCCAAGAAUAAUGCAAAAACUCUCCCACAAAGCUGACUAGCUCAAAAACAAAAUUCCUUUCACAAAAAAAUGCAGCAAAAUGAAAUUUGGGGUACAGGAAACGAGCAUUUUCAACCCAACACCGCUAACAGCAGGUAAAUUUGAUAAACCAGCUCUUAACUCCAGUGCUGAAUUUGUACAAACUUGAUUAAACCCCCAUCUAUUCUGCCAAAGUUAGGAAACGCGAAGUCUUUCAGAGUAAAACCGUUGCACAUUCUGCAUGAAAUGGCCGGCCAUUUUUAAAAAAAUACUUUUGUAACGUCGAAAGUUUUAAUCCUUUGAGGAUUUUGUUAGGCAGUCACUGUGUAUAUGUUAUACUGCUUUCUUUCAUGCAACGCCUAUACAGGAUGUUGGCUUGAACUGUAGUCGGACCAACUACUUUUGAACGGUGCUUAUUUAAAAAUACUAAACGCCUUUCUCUCUCUUGCCAACAUUAUUUUAAGCAUAUAUUUUUUGUUAAUCUAGCACGUGCACUUUUUUGCCGCCAAACCAUUUUAAGAUCAUGGUGCUUUCAGUAUUGUAACAGUACAUAUUCAAGCAACACUUUCGUCUGUGUUUAGUAGAUCAAUUUCAGAGGUACUUUAUUGAAAAAAGUGAGUGAAAUAUUUAAAUUGAAAGCAAUAAUGUCAUAUCAGUAAUAGAAUAGCUUAGAUUUCAAAACAGUGUGCUACUCAUGUUUCUGUGGUAUGUUCAGAGACCGAGUAUUUUGCUGAGGCAUUUUCAAAUUUGUGCAAGUUAAACCUAAUUUUCCAAUGAAUUCCGACGAUCAAUUUCCACAGGGAUGCCAGACGCCAAGGUGUUAUUUUUAAAUUUUCAGAAAACCAGGUUACCAACUAUCAUAUGCUUAGCAUGUUGAUUUCAACUGGUUCUCAGAACUCCUUCACUCAGCAGAAUAGGAUAAGAGGCUUUCUGUUCAAGCCCCUCUGCGGAAUUAGGUUAGAUCUAAGUUUAACCAUCCCUCCGUCGAAUUUGUUCCCGCGCAUGUUAUGUAAAGCACUUGCUGCCUGUUUGGCAAGGUUAGUAAAGUUCAUGAAACUUGUCAGCACCGAAUCAACCUCUGGAGAUUUUGCUGGCAGAAAGGUCGAGUCGAGACCCCGGCAGUCCAUCUCACUGCCAUGCAACUCACCAGGGAUACAUCAUGUUGUGAUCAGUUUGCCCCUAUCGUGGUUCCGGUAUCUUCAACCAGAGCUGAAGUCAAGAGCGUCAUAAGACAAGCCACAAGGAAACAGUGACAAAGGAAUUCUUUCAUUGAGAUUCACUGGAGCAGCUUGUGGCUUGAAUUCAGACUGGAGGUCUCGUGAUUCUCUUGUGGGGUCUUAAGAUGGUAUUACUGUUCCAGUUUUGAAUUAAGAGGUAAUUUGUUCUAUACAAUUUUACGUAAAAUAAAUAUCUUCCUGAAGUUAAAGAGACCAAAAUUUUAUUAAUUUGCUAUAACCAAGAUUGUAGCAGUCCUUUAUAGCAAGAGUUGCGUGAAUACUGAAAAAAGGAAGAAUUUAUUGCAACACUUCAUUUCAAACUUAACCAAAUUGUAGUUUUUAAAUUUAUACAUAUUUUGACCAAAUAAGGCAGCUUCCAAAUAUAACUUAGUGUUAUUUACUUGUUUAUACACAUUUAUGCAUAUAAUUGUACAUUUCUUAAAACUAUUUAUACUGUCUUCACAGUAAUUGCAAUUUAGUUUAAAUAAAUUUUUUUUUAAAUGUUCUCUAAGACAAAUUCAUGUUGGUAAUUAACAUUUGUACAUGUAUUUUGAGUGCAUAAGUUUGAGCCCAUUCCAAUUAGAAAGAGACAAUUGGAUAAAACGUUAUCUUAGAAGCAAGUGCAACUGUACAUCAUUGUUAGACUAGAAACUGUGAAAACAUCAUUAUAGAUAAUGCAUGGAAAUAGUGCUUUGAAGAUGGACAGUGCCAUUGUAAACCGCAGUUUGCAAGGAAUGCUUGAUGUUGUAUGUGUGGUUUUGUGUCAUGUUAAAACAAUAUGCAUUGUGAAACAAAUACAAAAGACUACAGCAAAACAAGUUACAAAUUAAAUUGGUUUUUCGAGGUGGUUGGA